CGGAAGUGGCUUGUACCUUGACAUUUUUAAAAGAAUACGCUAAGCUAUGGGGCUGUUAUGAAGCCAGGCGGCCGGUUUCGUAAAGAGUUGCUCCUGGAUGACAGUUAUGUAGAAAUGAAUGGAUUUCUACAAGACUGAGAAGGAUAAUCGAUUGUCAACAGCAUACGUGCCCGAGGAAGGCGAAAAUCAUGUCAGCAAUCAAGAUUGCCCUGCAGCAGAGCCAGAAGAAGGGCAGAAGGAAAAUCUCUGAAGCAAUGUCUGCCGAGGUGUCUCCGGACUCCAAGUGUCCCAUCUGUUUGGACAUAUUUAACAACAUUUCUUACCUGGACCUCUGCCUACACAAGUUCUGUUUCCGCUGUAUUCACGAGUGGUCCAAGAACAAAGCUGAGUGCCCUUUAUGCAAACAGUCAUUCAAUUCUAUCUAUCACAGUAUAAAAUCGGAGCAAGACUUUAAGAAGUAUGACCUGCAGCCGGUGGAGAAUUCCUCUUUUGGGACUUUUGGGGGAGUGCGGUUUAGAUACCGCACAACUCUUACGGGAGUCCAUCGACAGAUGCGAGGAAGAACCUCUCCACCUCCAGAUAACGGAGUAAUGUUUGAAGCUUCAGCAAACCCUCCACAACAGCCCCAGGACCGUUACAUCCGGCGCAUGAUUAUGAGGUUGGCAGCCAAGAGGAAAGCUGCGAGUGAAGGGAGGGCAGUGAACAAUGUCAGAGAGCAGGAAAUGGUAAACUUUAGGAGGGAAUUGUACAGACAGGGGGUGAGGAUUCGUAACAUCCGGGACGGUGGCCGCUCCAGAGAAACCUCCGCUGAGUUCUUCCGAAGAAAUCCUGCCUGCCUACAUCGACUGAUCCCCUGGCUAAAAAGAGAACUAAUUGUGCUAUAUGGGGCCCACGGCUCUUUGGUUAACAUAGUUCAACACAUCAUCAUGUCGCGCAUUACACGUUAUGAUAUGGAGGAUGGAGCUAUUCUGGAAGAGCUCAGGCCGUUCCUUCAGGGGCGCACAGAGCACUUUAUCCAUGAGUUCAUCAGCUUUGCAAAGUCUCCCUUCAAUAUGGAGGCCUACGACCAGCAUGCUGCAUACGACUGCCCAGACCCUUCCUCAAAUGAAGACAGCAGCUCCAAUUCGUCUGUAAUAGCUAUCUCAGAGGAUGAGGAACACUCAGUGGAUUUGGACCCACCAGGAGAAUCCACAUCUACUCUAAGCCACUCUAUGUGGGAUGAUGAGACGCCGGGGCCAUCGUAUUCUACCACCGCAGAGCAGAGCAGGGCAGAGUGUCUGUCGGUCCUCGACUCAGACUCAGACUGCAGUUUACAGGAGGAGACGCGAGAGUUUGCAGCGUCUCCACAGCAAAUGAGUGCUCAUAACCAAACAGACGUCAUUGAAGGUGAAGUCAACAAUGCAGAGUGUCUGUCUGAUGACAGCGAUGACUGUGUCAUUGUGAAUUUUGUUAAGCCAACAGUAGAUAGGACUCCUGAGCUGGUCCAGCUCUCCUCUAACUCUGAUGAGUCUGACAGUGAAGAUGUUAAAGCAGUGCCUCUUCUACCUCAACACAUUCGCUUCUCCAGCCUCAGUCCUAUAGCUUCACAGAGCAGUGAUCCAAGUGGAGCUGGGCAGUCAGAAAAUGUAGAAACGGUCCACUAUCAUCAGUUGGAUUUAAAAGAAAGAUGUAGCUCUUCAACAUCCAGCAGAUACAAGACAUCCAGUAAGUCAGACAGAAAAGACACAGAUAGACAAUUUGACAGUAAUGAUAGAACGAGGGAGAGGCGCUUGUCAAAAGACAGAGAGCAUAGGAGAAAGAGGAGGUCAAGAAGUGCAGAGCGCAGACACUCCAGCAGGAGCCCGGUGAUCUCCCACAGCAGUGUCGGCACUCCGUCCAGAGAAAGAGGUUAUUCUCACUCCAGUGGCAGAGACUACUCAAAAUCUGACAGAAAUUAUAAAAGGAGGGACAUUGAUCACACCUAUCAAUCAUAUAGGCAUUACAGCCAAGAGAAAAAUGAUAGUGGGACGCAUCACACAGAGAAGAGGUCCUACCACUACAGUAGCCGCAAGUACUCCGAUCGGCACUCUUGCUCCAGGAGCCCGAGCAGGGACUCGCGGAGAUGUGACAGGAGGCAUUCUCGUUCAAGGACUUAUUCCAGCAGUUGCUCCCCUUCAACGAAAAGGAGACCUCACAACAACAAGCCUGGUGGGAAGAGGAAAUACAAAACAAGACAUUUGGAGGAAGCAUCCAAAAACGCACCUUCCAACUCAAAUGCUGAAGGUGACUCUCCCAUAGUGUCAACGAAAGAAAAGAAAAAGAGCAAAGAGAAACGUAGUAAAAAAUCCAAAGACCGGUCAAGAAAGACGAGCAGGAGCGUCAGUGUGGAGCUCGUCAACGAGGAAAACUCUAAUGAGCGAAGCAAACGUCACCAUAAGAAAAAGAAGAAACACAAGAAGAAAAGUAGAAGGCACAGGAGCAAUGAACGCACAGGAAAGCACUCCCCCACUGUCAUUACCAUCGAUAGUGACAGCGACACUUUUGCCAAUGACAGUGUCACCCAGGCCAGCAGCACUAACAAGGACAACCCCAUCGACGAUACCGCAGAUGACCCAGUCGGCCCAGUUGACUCAGUUGACUCAGUCUGCCCAGUCUGCCCAGUUGACUCAGUUGACUCAGUCUGCCCAGUCUGCCCAGUUGACUCAGUUGACCCAGUCUGCCCAGUCUGCCCAGUUGACUCAGUUGACUCAGUCGACCCAGUCGACCCAGUCGACCCAGUCGACCCAGUCGGCCCAGUCGGCCCAGUCGACUCCACCCCCCCGGACUCUCAGGAGUAGUUGUAUGGAAGUUGCGUGUGGUGGGAACUGAUGGGUUCACUCUCAGCAGCUAACGCCUGCCAGCAGUAUUUUACAUCAGAACACGUAUCCCUUUAAACGCCACGACAAGUGUUUUCUGCAUUGACAGUUCAUUGGACGCUGACUUACAUGACUGUGUUUUGAUGCCUAAAACAAUACUAUUUAACAUGCAAAGUGCCACUAUGAACAAUGCAGAAUGGAAUUUUAUUGGGAGUCGCACAUCCUUUAAGUGUCAAUUCUUAUUCAGGAAAUAAAUUUUCUUUAUUAGA